CAAGAUAAAUGAUGGGGUCCCUCGAGGCACCCAGCGAAAGAGAAAAAGUACCCGCCAAGAGGUGCGGGACGAGGUGCUGGGCAGUGGGAACUCCCCAACCAGAUUUUUCCCAACCCGGCGUCUUGGAUGGGCCAGCGCUGCCACUGCCUGCCACUGCCUGCCAGUCAGGAGAGGUCCCACUCCACUCCACUCCACUCCACUCCACUCCAUUCAACUCCACCUCAUCCCAGACAAAUAGCGCCGAAGCUAAGAUCGACACAACAGAGACGGCUCGCGGUUUGCGGUGGGUUUGCGGUUUGCGCGCAGCUUCUGUCCUCACGCGUGUAUUUUUAAUUAUGGACAGCCCCUUGAUUUGCUAAGUAGUUUUUGCACGCCUGAGCAGCGCCCCCCGGCCAAGACAUGACAUCUGGACAUCUGGACAGUACUGUAUUAUGGCGUGUGGGGUCGGAGGAGUGGGAUGCGGGGGAAAAUUUCCUUCCCCCGAGUAUGAAAGGGGGGCUGGGGCUCUUCUCCUUCUCUUGUCUUGUCUUUGUCUUGUCUUGUCUUUUUCCUGAUAUAUGACGAUGCUCUUGAAUGCCAACCCAGAACCCCCAGGAUAAGGAACACAUGCUCUACUGCAGUACCGAUAGUGCAUAGCAGCACGCGUCUGCGCGUGCUGGCACUCCUCGAAGCCCCACUCCAUGACCAGCGGGCGAGUCUUAGGGGUCAUAGUCACGUCCGUGAUAUGCCUCAUCUGCAUCGCGACGAGAACGACGUACAGGAUCGUGUAUCGCUGCAAGAUCCAUGUGUCUUGUCACAGGAGAUGGCAUAUCGAUGAUAUCUGGAUGGGGAUGGCCUUCUUCCCCCUUUUGGGACGGGCGCUCUGUGUUUCGUGGUCGGAUUCUGCUUCUCGCCAUCCCAGCUCCUAUGAGACUGCCAUGAAGUUGCUGUUGCCGGCGCGAAUAUUCUAUGCCUUAUUCCUUUGGUGUAUGAAAAUGUGUCUUUUGGAACUCUACCUCCGGAUCUGCAAGAACUUGCCCAUGUAUCGCAAGAUCGGACUAUGGAUCCGAGCUGCUCUUUAUGCCACGUUCAUCAUGAUCGUGCUACUCACUCUUCUAGAGUGUCGACCGAUGAAGCUAAUGUGGAAUCAUGACCCCGCAGGAGCUCAAUGCAGGCGAGCCAGACUCAAUCUGAUCAGUAUGGCUGUCGCAAACAUUGUCACCGAUCUUGCUCUCAUCAUAUUCCCGCUGUCAUUUCUCAGACAGGCUGGGCUGGACUUCUACAAAUUUCUACGCUUGGGUAUACUAUUCACUCUCGGCUCCCUAAUCAUCAUCACCACAAUCGUCCGGCUACCACUCAUUCUCCGCGACGACGCCCAAGCCAUCCGCUCAAUGUGGGCCAGCAUCGAAAUAGCCUGCGCCAUCGUCGUCGCCAACGCACCAUUCUUCCAAGCAGUGAUCAUCGACAUGCAACUCGGCGGAUCACACAACAAAUCCAUAGCAGAAAGAAGACAGUCCCAAUUAACAAACUCAUCCAGUAGGAGAAGGUCAAAUUCAAGCAGGGUGAACAGUGACCGGAGAGUUAGUCUCUGGCAUAUCGAGGAGAGGAUGGAUAGUGAAUCGGCAAAUCGAGAAAUUCUUGGAAGUGCUGGGACUUCGGGGAGUGGGCAUGAGUUUCUCACGGUGCCGCAGGGGUAUUUUGAGUAUCAGCGACGACCUGCUGAGGAGAUUGAGAUUGGCCCGCCUUUUACGGGUUUAGAUGUGAAGAAAUGUUGUCUAUAGCGCGCAGCACGAUGCAAAUAAAAGC